UACAGCUUUAUUUAAUUAAAAAUGGAUAUUCCAAUUAUUCUAGCUACUCAUAGUCAUGAUCAAAUGUGGCGUGAGACUCAGCGUGUUACUUUAGAUGAUUACAAUGAUGUGGAGUGUGUCCAAAAAUUUCGUUUGCCUAAAAAAAACAUUAGAGAUAUUGUCAACACAUUACACAAUGAUAUGUCACCAAUCACAUCCAGAAGCAACUCAAUUUCCUCAGAAGCAAAAGUGCUAAUAUCACUAAGGCUUUUAUCAAGUGGGAGUUUUCAAGGAGUAAUUGGUGACACCUCUCAUGUAAGCCAGCCAAGCUGCAGCCGUAUACUUCACCAAUUUUGCAAGUAUUUUAUCCACCACUAUCGCUACCUUGUCAAAUGGUAUGAAAGUCCAGAAGAAAUGAUGGAAAUAAAGCGAAAGUACUUUCAAUCAUAUGGAGUUAUAGGUCUUCUUGGAGUAAUAGAUGGAACGAUGAUACAAAUUAAAGGAGCCACUGGGGCUGAUGAACCAGCAUAUAUUUGCAGAAAAGGAUAUUCUGCUUUGAACUGUCAAGUUGUGAUUGAUCAUGAUGGGAAGUUUAGAGAUGUCAUUGUACGUAGUAAUGUGGAGCGAUCGAUUGGUCGUUUAAAAAGCCGUUGGAGAUGUUUGCACAAAAGUGGUGGAGCACUUCAGUACACCCCAUCAACUUGCUGCAAAACAUUUUUUACAUGUGUUUUAUUAGAAAACCUUUGCCAUUGCUUAGGAUUGGAAUUUCUAGAUGACAUCAACUUUGAGGAUAACAAGGAAGAUAAUUUACAUGAUAAUCAGACUGAGUUUUCACAAGCCAACCAAAUACGACUUGGUAUUGAACGAAGAACAGAAAUCAAAAAUUAUUUGUUUGCAAAUCGAAGGCAAUGA